AUGGCACCUGGAAUGCUGCACUACUUCGGCUUCGACAACGCCCCGACAGCCAAAGAUGAGGCCAAAUCAGAGCCUAUCCGGGCGUUACCGGCUUCCUGGUACAAUACUGCGGAAAUGUAUGAGCUGGAGCGCCGCGCUAUCUUUUCCAGACGGUGGCUGUUUAUUACCCACAGCUCCCGGGUGAAGGAAACGGGUGACUGGCUUCGCUAUGAGGUCGCGGGCUUUGACUUCAUUAUCACUCGAGACCGACAGGGCAAGAUCAAUGCCUUCCACAAUGUAUGCCGACACCGCGCCUACCCAGUGAUUGAAAAAGAGGGAUCGGGCAAUGCCAAAAUACUCGCCUGCCGGUACCACGGUUGGUCAUACGGGCUGAAUGGCAAGCUCGCCAAGGCCACUGGCUUUCAAGGCAAUAACGACAUCGACAAGGAGCAGAACGGUCUCUUUGCAAUCCACAUAAAAGUUGACGUGAAUGGCUUCAUCUGGGUGAACAUGGAUGCGAAAGAGGAGCCGGAAGUCCCAUGGGAAGAACACUUCGCCAACGUCGACACGCAAGAACGCUACAAGGCCUUCAACUUCGACAACUACGAUCUCAGCCACACCUACGAACUCGAGGGCCAAUACAACUGGAAGAUUCUCGCCGAUAACUUCAAUGAAUGCUACCAUUGCCCGACUACCCAUGCCGAUAUCCCCGAAUUCCUCAACCUAGACUCCUUCGAUAGUGACCUUAAGGAUGGCCACAUCCAACACCACUGUGUUUCGACUCCGGAGCAACUCGCCAAGGGUCUCAAUACCGCCAGUACUUAUUACUUCCCGAUCUCUGCCAUGGUAGUCUCACCGCAUUUUAUAAUGAUCCAGAAAUUCCUCCCCAAGAACGCCAAUACGUCAAAGAUGUCCUACGAAAUCUACCGCAACCGCCACUCUUCGGACGAGGACUUCCAUCUGAUCGCCGAUAUGUACGAGCGUGUCAUGCGGGAAGAUAAAGUCCUUUGCGAUAAUGCGCAGAAGAAUCUCGACCGCAACGUUUUCAUUAACGGCCAACUGCACCCCCACUACGAGAAAGCGCCGAUUUUCUUCCAGACCACCGUGCGGGAUGUAAUCACCGAACACUUCGAGAAAGAGAAAGAAGCUGGACAACAGAUCUGGCCUGCGAAGCGCAAGCUACCCUGUGAUGCGACAGUGAGCGAGAAAGAUGAAGAGAUCGCGGCUGCUCUGGGCUGUAAUCUCCAAAGAGCCGCACUGGCUUGGUAA